GUGCAUUUAAUUUGGGUAGCUGUUAGGAGCUAACGUUUGCAAACGUUAUGUUUAGCUUGCUUCUGACUGAACGCCCGACAUUUGUUGGCUUGAGCGUUAGGAUCAUGGGGAUUUAAACUACAACUCGGCGUGACUUUUCCUGUGAUUACCCAGUAUGAGCUAAUAUUUCCACCUUUUGCACAGGUCUCAAAGAAGGGUCUCCCUCCUGCUGUGGUUAAUGGCAACACAGUGUGGCAUGGUGGUGCUGUCACAACCAGAAGCUUCACAGAGUCUCAGAAAACCAUGCUGGACCAGUGGCUCAGCCCAUGCAGUGAGACGAAGGGAGAAACGAAAGAAAGGAUGAAAGAACCAAGCCCAGAAAAGGAAGACGAAAUGAGGCCUGACAAAAAACAGCUGAUGGCUGUCCUGUAUGAAGAAACAAAGAAUGAGGAUGCUUCAAAAAUUAGUGAGGUGAAAUCUGCACUGAAGGAGAAAGAAACAGAGACGAGAAAUGAACAGCAACAAGACAAAGUGGAAGCUUCCAAGCAAGUGGACAGGGAAAUAUCGAAGAAAGAGGACAGAGAAAUAACUAUUCACCAUGAGGUGUUCCAUAUGAAGCAAAACACAGAGGAUGGAAGUUUUUUUCCAACUGAGGACAUUAGCUCCGAGCAAGCUCUUGGGGCACAACUAGAGCACCUGCAAACAGAGGACAGCACUCUAGAAACCACCAGAUCAGUGCAGGAAAAAUUAAAGAUACCAAGCUUGGAAGAGUCAGUAACUCCAGCUGUGCCAAGCAUACGAGAUACUACUCAUCCAGUACAGGAACAAAUACAGAUACAACGCUUGUUAGAGUCAGUAAUUCCAGCUGUGCCAAGCAUACGAGAUACUACCCAUCCAGUACAAGAACAAAUGCAGAUACAAAACCUGGAAGAGUCAAUGGCUCCAGCUAAAACUACAGCUGAAGUAACUGAGUGCUGGGAUGAAUAUGUGGCUCCAACUGCUGAUGGUGGGGAAAGCGGUUCUAUGCUGUUACUUUCCUCCCUUCUCUCUAACACUCAAACCCUCCUAGUCAGUGGGCAGCAUGAUACACAGACUAGCUGGCACUUUCCUGCAGGACCUGGCCUGGCAGAAGAAGUGCAGUGCCCACUGUGGCAAUUUCCUGCCUUGAGCUAUUACCCUCCAAUAGAGCCGAUAGUGCCAUUUGAAGUAAUGUGGAGAGUAUGGGAGAAUGUGGAUGAGAGUGCCACUGCCGCAGAGCCCUUCCCAUUCACAAAGGCCUCGAUGGACUUCACUGUUAUGUCCUACAACAUCCUUGCUGAAGACCUACUAAAGGCCAACCAGGAGCUGUACACACACUGCCCCCUGGAGGUGCUGGACUGGAGCUACCGCUGCAGCCUACUCCUAGAGGAAAUAAAGAAAUGGGAACCAGAUAUUCUGUGUCUCCAAGAAGUUCAGGAGAACCACUACCAUGAACAACUGUAUCCAGUCCUGUCUCAGAUGGGUUACACCUGUGUGUACAAGCGGCGUACAGGGACCAAGACAGACGGCUGUGCUACGUGCUAUCGUAGCAGUUGCUUCUUUGAGGUGUCGGUCACCUCGCUGGAGUUCUUCAGGCCAGAGACGGAGAUGCUGGACCGGCACAAUGUGGGCAUUGUUUUGUUGCUUCGGCCAGUGGUCAUCCAGGGGUCAGAGGUCAAGGCGAAGGGCUCACCCCUCUGCGUGGCCAACACCCACCUGCUCUUCAACCCUAGCAGGGGUGAUGUGAAGCUGGCUCAGCUCGCCAUAAUGCUGGCAGAAAUUGACAGCGUGGUCAAGUCCUGUAAGGCCAAAGGCAAACACUGUAACCUUAUAUUAUGUGGGGACUUUAAUUCUGUCCCCCACACGCCUCUGUACAAGCUGAUCACCACCGGCGAGCUCUACUUCCAGGGUCUACCAGCAUGGAUGAUAUCGGGUCAAGAGGAUCAGUCAUACAAAGCCUAUUGUCACAGACUGUUUGCCCCCCUGUGGCCCAGCUCUCUGGGAAUCACUGACAGCUGCCAGUACACUACUGUCAAGGAGGCAUUGAAGAGCCAGAAUCAGAAAUCAGGGAAAGGUCAGUACAGCCACGAGGUCAUGCUGCAGCUGCGCUUCUGUCCAGCUGCAUGUGUCCGUCCUCUGGACUUGGAGCAGAUCCCAGGCGUGACGGACAACACACCAGAUGCUUCAAGGGGAAGUCAGUCUUAUGAUAACAGGUUCAGACGCACGAUCAGUCAUCAGUUAGAGCUGGAGUCGGUCUACAAGCACAUUCUUCCAGGCUUUGGCAAUCCGGAAGUGACGACCCUGCACUCUGAAGCUGCGGCUACUGUCGACUACAUCUUCUACUCCCCUAGACGCGUCUUACCCCGUGAUCUAAAUGCUGGUGACCUUGUGAGUGAGGGUCUGAAGCUGAUUGGUUCUCUCUCACUCCUAUCAGAGGAUGUCUUGUGGUCAAUGAGGGGCCUGCCCAAUCACAUAUUUCCCUCCGACCAUCUCAGUCUUCUGGCCAAAUUCCAGCUGGACCUGAAUUCUGCAUGACGGAAAGACUGGGUGAACUAAAUGAUGUCAGAGGAUGAGCAUAUUUCAGUUUAAAUGAUUCAGGUCUUGCUCUGUGUUUUUAUUGUUUGUCUGGCAUCAAAGGAUUCUAGUUUUCUAACUGAAUAGAAGUUAAUAUUUUUGUUUAAAAGAUUCAGGAAAAAUAAUGGAUUUCAACAUUCAGUCUUGUUCCACAUGGUUUAUCAGAUAAAUGACGCAGCGCUAUGACUGAGUUAUGACAAAUCUUAUUAAUGAUGCUGUAAUAGUUCAUUUAAAGAUGCAGGCAGUUAUUGCUUUAUUUUUUAUUGGUGUGAUAAUAUGCUGACCUGUUCAGCUGCUCGGUCUCGUUUUAAUUUAUUUUCAAUUUAAUUUUCAAUUUCUUUUUUAAUUUUUAUUUCUUUGAUUAUGAGUCAGUUCUAUUUUUUCAGGUGGUAAAAAUGUUGAAUAAAUAUUUACCAUUAA